GAUUUGUAGUCACUGCUAUGAAUAUAUUUAUUUCUUCUUCUUAUGAAGGAUUACUUUUCUUUAAUUUAAUGAAUUUAUUGUAAAGAUCAAAAUGAUUGGAAUGCGAAUGAAUGCAUUUAACGAUACUGGGCUCGGUGAACCGGAGCAAGAUGCAAAUACGGCACUCAUAGAAUUAGAUAAAGGUUUACGAUCGACAAAGAUCGGUGAACAGUGUGAAGCCAUAGUGAGAUUCCCACGAUUAUUUGAAAAAUAUCCCUUUCCUAUACUCAUCAAUUCUUCUCUAUUAAAAUUAGCAGAGGUUUUUCGUACCGGUAGCAAUUUUUUACGUGUUUGGGUCCUUAGAGUAUGUCAACAAAGUGAAAAGCAUUUAGAUAAAAUUUUAAAUGUUGAUGAAUUUGUUAGACGUAUUUACAGUGUGAUACAUUCCAAUGAUCCAGUUGCUAGAGCUUUAACAUUACGUACAUUGGGUAGUGUAGCUGGUAUUAUACCAGAAAGACAACAGGUUCAUCAUAGUAUAAGAAGAUCAUUAGAUUCUCAUGAUUCAGUUGAAGUUGAAGCUGCAAUAUAUGCUGCACAAAUGUUUGCUGCACAGUCAAAGCUCUUUGCUGUUUCUAUGUGUAGCAAAAUAUCUGAUAUGAUUAGGGGUCAAGCAACACCUGCAUCAAUGAAGUUACAACUUAUCCCUAUUUUACAAUACAUGCAUCAUGAUACUUAUACAGCUUCAAUGGUAAAUAAAUUAUGUAUGGAGCUUCUUGGUAGCUAUCCAGCAGUGGAAUUUGUUAGAGUAACAUUAAGUGCUUUAAGCACACUAGCUUCUGCAACAUUAAUUGAUAUUCCACAACAAGUUGUGCUUUUGUUACGUUAUUUGCAAGAUGAUCCAAGAUUAACAAUAAAACGCCAUGCUUUACAUUUGUUACAUUCUUUAGCUAGGAGAGGGGCUCAUUUAUGGCCACAAGGUGCUCUUGAUAAUCUAAUAGAGAGUACUACAACACUUCUACAAGAUGGUGCUGGAAAUAAAGAUCUCCUUAUUCGAACGUUAGAUGUGAUCGAGGUACUUAGUCAAAGCGCGGUAACAUGUGAUGCAAACAAGGAAGAAGGAAAUUCUCUGUUAUCCUUAUGUCUAAAUGCUUGUUAUUCUCCUGACCCUUUUAUCGCAGUAAAAGCGAUUACUAUAUUAGCUAGAGUUGCGUGUUACUGCUAUGAAGAAGGUUUACCAGCAUAUGGGAUACAAGAUGUUGUGUCUUGUCUUGAAUCUUUAAUUGUACUACUAGCUUUAGAUGAUAAAUAUUUACGUCAAUUAAAAGUCUGUUUGCGCUCGACGGUAAAAUUGUGUCGAGCACAGCCUAGUCAUUGUUCAGUAUUUGUCGAUGCAAUUGGCAGUACACUGUUUAACACAAACAUAGAAAGUACUCAAAGUGAGAAACAAGCAGUUGCUUUAUGUGAAGCUCUAGGUGCUAUUGGAAGCUUAGAAGAAAAUACAUUGCUCUCGCUUUUACCAGAUAUAUUGGCAAAGCUUAGACAGACUGUACAUGUACACUCGAAGGUGAUGUUAUGUACACUAUUAUUUCAAAUGGUAGCAGGAGGCUAUGAAUGGAAUACAGAAUGUUUGGAAGCAGUAGAAGAAGUUAUUAAAAAUGUUGAUGGUUGGGCCAAAUAUAGAAUCGCGCGAAGUGCUGCGAGAUACGGUCACCAUACAAUAGCAACGCAAAUAUUUAGGAAUUUGAAGGAAACAGUAGCGUCUGAACAAUUACAUUUUUGGAUAUCUGGUUUGGAACUAGUCACCAAAGCUGAGAGUUGUCUUAUGGAUAAAACAGAGGAAGCAGAAAGCAAAGCAAGGGUGCAAACGGUGGAAAAGUUAAAUGGAGCUAUUGCAUGUUACGCGAGCGCGUGUGCAUCAUUAAAAGCAGCUAGUACCCCUUUGAGAAGCUUACAGUUUGCUAGCGAGUACUCAAAACUUCGUUGUGAAUUCCUUCAAGCUAUUAUACAACUUUUACAUUCAUGCAGAUCUCUGUGUACGGCUCCACCACCUGCUAUUACAAUUACAGUAAUUCUUGCGACGAAAGAUGAUCUCCAACGAUAUGGACGUGUUACUAAUCAAUUGAGAAAAUCGGCUCAAGAAUUGAGGAACUGUGCGGAUAACUAUCAGAAGCUUUAUCAAUCAGCUUUUGACGCCGACCCCGGUUCAUUGGCAAACAUAAGAGCAUUGCAGGAAAUUUGUCGCUUGUUAGCAAACAGCGUUGAACGAGUUUGUGGGGGAACGGGAAUUCGUACAUAUCAUCAAAGCGAGGUUAAUUUUGAUUUCGGCGAUACCGUAGAAAUGCGUCAAUUAGCACGCUGCUGUACUGAAUUACGCCGUCUCGCGCCUACCUAUAUAGGGGAAAAUAAAGCAUCGGCCCUCAGUCACUCAAGAAUAAACUGUUUAGUGUCACAAGUGAUGUUAUUAGCGGGAUCAAAAAUGAGAUUACCAAUGCCCCGAUAUUACUUCCAGGCAUUACAAGCGACUAGUGUUAAAUUAUCGGUUUCACCACAGCCACGGGUACUCGGUGAACCAGUAUCCGUACCCCAAGGUAGCCAACUAGCGCUAAAAGUCGAAGGAGUACUACGGCACGGCCGGCGCGCGUCUCUAUAUCGCUCCGUCGCUGCUGUCUGUAUUUCUAUUUCCACCACUCCUCCUUCAAAAAUCAAUUCAGAUCAAAAGGAUUCUAAUACCAACGAAUUACAACAAACCGUCACGCCACACCGUGAUUUCUUCGCCUGUGAAUUUUUACUUUCAUUGGGAAGCCCGGGAACAAAUGCAACUGCAUGUGCAAGUAACACCACAAAUGUAAAUAACAAUAUGAAUGCCGGUGGUGGACAGUAUCAAGUUACAGCAAGUGCAAGUAUACUUGACAAGGAUGGUAAUGUGUGGAAAUGUGGACCACGUUCUACGCUUCAAGUUAGGGUACACGAAGAGCCUGCUAAAAGGAAAUUACCAUAACAAAGUCUGCCUAUAGUUUUUAUACUACGUUAUUUGUAUCCAAUCAAAUUUUAUAGAAUAAAAAUUUCUCUUCUUUUA